GCUCACGCUAACACUCUGCAUGAUCUGCCUCGUGUGAUGUUGAAAUAACCAUAAAAUGACAAACUUCAAAUGGUUUAAUGAAGUGUGCAGAUAAACCAGUAACCAGACCAGAGUCCUCUGAGAGCAAACCUGUAGAGGACAGCAGCUCCUCCUCAUCUGACGCCCCCAAUACUGAAGUCAAAAAGGAGGCUGCAGAAAUACUGGAAGAAAAAACCCAAGUGGAGACGAAGAAUGAUCAAGGAGAAGAGAAAACAACGGUGGAGCCAAGUGCCAGUCAAGUAGAGGAGAAAACUGAGGAGGAGGAAGAGGCAAGCAGCGAACAAAAGGAGGUGGAAGACAGCACGCGAGAUGAGAAAAAGGAGGUUGAUCGAUCUGAACCUGAGCAAACCGACCCUCUGCAAUCAACUCCCAGACAAGAUGUCGGUGAUUUAAAGUCGAUUGAAACAGAAGAGCAGCGUGACAAACAAAGUCCUCGUACUCUUGACCCUCAAGACACAGAGAAGGUUGCUGAAGAACAAACUGGUAAACCUGAAGAUUCCAUCCGAGUGCAGUCGGCCUCUGCUCCACAGAGUGACGACCUCAAACCAGAGGAGACGCUUCCUAAUGAAGAGCAAGAAGAACAGAUGACUGAAGAGGAGGCACAAAAAUCAAGUUCUCCCCGCAUUCAGGAGCAGGAAAAGGAGGCCGAUGGGGAACAAACAACUGAGAUGACUGAUAUCUUGGCUCAGGCUGAAACUGACGUAGCAGGAGAUGAAACGCCGCAGAACGAGAGACCUGCAAGUUCACAAGGAGAAGCUGAAAAGCCUCCAUCUGACAGCGAAGACUCACCGCAGAAGGAAGAAGAAAAAGAAGCAGCAGACGACACUUGAUCAAAUCAGCCUGGUUGAUGAGUCACUCCUUCACCUUUUACUUAAAUUAUAAUAGUACUACAGCUUCCGUGUACACAUAGUUGCCACAAUGUAUGUGUAAAUAUUAAAUAGCUCACAAAUAUUGAUCACC